GUUCACAAUGUUUUCAAACACGCCGUUGAAAGCCCUCAGUGUUCCACUUAUCACCUCACUUCCUGUAUAGAGUUUAGUAAUUCUGACUUUCGGAUCUUUUCGGGCGACGGGACCUGGUGCUGCUCUGAACCCCUGAUCCUCGGACCGCAGGCCCUGAUCCAGUCGAGGCCAUGGCUGACUUUUCGCUUGCUGACGCAAUCUCAGAUGAUGUUUCUAGUGAAGCAUCGAAAACCAAACACACCAAUCCAUCAGCUCCUGGAAAUGGGGCUCCGCCUCCCACUAACCCUGGCUGGCCUGGUGCGGCCCCUGGUGGCCCUCAUUUCCCACCCUCAGGAGGCCCCGCUCAACCAACAGCACCUGGCUUCCCUCAGACUGGGCCGUCUGCCCCCGGUCCAUUUCCACCUGGCCCAGGAGCCCCAGGCCAGUUUCCCGGAGCCCCUGCUGCCCCGGGUGGAUACCCUCCAGGACCGGGUGUACCUGGACAGUUCCCCUCCAACCCUGGAGCUCCAGGACAGUUCCCCUCAAUGCCAGGCCAGUUCCCACCUGGCGGUGCACCCGUGCCAUACCACGUUCCUGGACAGUUCCCCUCCCCACCUGGGGCUCCACAGGGCCCGUAUCCAAAUGUGCCUUACCCACCGGGUCCAUCUGGGCCUGGCAUGUAUGGCCCAGGAGGCCCUGGUGCCUUUCCACCAGAUGGAGGCCCUGGAUAUGGAGGAGGAAUGUUUCCCCCAGUACCACCAGGAGCAUGGGGUGCCCCCGGAGGGGGCUUCCUUCCUCAACCUGGCCCACCAGGAGGCUUUGGUCCAGGGCCGAUGGGACCAUACGGAGGACCUGCAGCUCCAGGUGGAAUGCUGCCAUUGCCGUACGAUCUUCCGCUGCAUGCUGGGAUAAUGCCCCGCCUCGUGAUUACUAUAGUGGGCGAACCAGUACCAGGAGGAAACAGGUUCCACAUAGAUUUUGUGAGGGGGCAUGACGUGGUUUUCCAUUUCAACCCUCGUUUCCAUGAGAACACCAUCGUACGGAACACACAGUUUGGGGGCUGCUGGGGUCCGGAAGAGAGGGAGGGAGGCUUUCCCUUUGUGCAGGGCAGACAGUUUGAGCUGAAGAUCCUGGUGGAGACGGACGGGUUUAAGGUGGCCGUGGACGGCGUUCAUCUGCUGGAGUUUGAGCACAGAACAGGCGGGAUGGAGGACGUCAAUCGCCUGCACAUAGAGGGAGACCUCGUGCUGUUCAGCGUGGCCCCCAACAUGAUCUAAAUCAAAGGGGCGCGGGAGCAAUUUGACAAUGUUGAGGAGACACAUUAAGUCAUUGGUCCUUGAAAAGUAUAGAUUAUCUUCAAAAAAGUGGGACGAAUAGAAAUUCCUAAAAGAAGAUGUAUCCGUUAUCUUCGUCUCAGUUGCAAAUUAGUUUCAAAUAUAUGAUCUAAACAAAUGAAAUUAGAAAGAAAGUUUUUGGCCGCCCCUCUGAAGUACCAUAACUUUCUGUUUUUCCUCAUUCUGUCACCCGUCAGAAUGCAUUAUGCUAGUUAACCUUUUGCAUGUUUUGUUAAAACGAAACGUAUACUGUUCCAAACACGCCUAUGGUAUGACCUUCAGUAUUAGCAUGGUAUAGUAAGUACCAAGACCCAUGAGGGGUCAUAAACUCGAAUUCAGGAAACUGCGGCCCAGAGCUGUGACACUGUGCUGAAUUACUUCAGAUCUAAAUGGCUGAAUAUUAUUUUAUUUGGUAUGGGUUUUGGAAAAUGUUCAUUAUUUUGAAUAAAACCAUAGUAAUGAAAUCAUUGUGGAGAUAAGUGAAUAAUUAUGUCUGAAUAAAUGCUGUAUUACCCCGAUCAAAA